AUGUUAGUUGGUUACCACAUAAAUAAAUUUCGACUCUUAAAAGUUUUUCAAAUUUUGGUUACAAUUAUUUGUGCUGUUCUAGAGAUAACGGAAUUUAUUGCAUACUCAAGUUAUGUAGACGAUGUAAAUUCAUCAAAAAUAUACAAUGUUCGACUUUCAAAAUUAGAAUAUUUUGAAAAUACAAAUAUUUUCUUAUUUGUAUUAUAUUUAUCAGCAGGGAUAGCAAACUUGGAUCCUUGGUACACGGGAUCAGGAAAUGGCUUAAAUUGUAAUUUUGUCUCCGAAAAUAUGAAUAUCACUGUAGUAGCCGAAAUAGUAAACUGGAAAAUUUUUCAAUGUCAAUUGGCUUUAGCGAGUUUAUCCGUUUGUUGGGCGAAUAUAGGAUUACUUCUAAUAUCUUUACUCAUAUCUUGGCGUAGAGCGGUAGAGUUAAGUUGGAUUAUAACACCAAGUUCCAGUUUUAACGAUGAUAUUAGAGGGACUAUGGAAGAAAUUGUUGAUUCUACGAGUGAGCGGAUGUUUGAGACUAAUCACGAACCGGCAAACUUUUAA